AUGGCCUACAUCGCCAAGUCCUUCUACGACCUGACCGCCAUCAGCCUGGACGGGGAGAAGGUAGAUUUCAACACGUUCCGAGGCAGGGCGGUGCUAAUUGAGAACGUGGCCUCUCUCUGAGGCACCACCAGCCGGGACUUCACCCAGCUCAACGAGCUGCAAUGCCGCUUCCCCAGGCGCCUGGUGGUACUUGGCUUUCCUUGCAACCAGUUUGGACAUCAGGAGAACUGUCAGAAUGAGGAGAUCCUCAACAGCCUGCAGUACGUCCGCCCCGGGGGUGGGUACCAGCCCACCUUCACUCUUGUCCAGAAGUGCGAGGUCAACGGGCAGAACGAGCAUCCUGUCUUCGCCUACCUGAAGGACAAACUCCCCUACCCUUACGACGACCCAUUUUCCUUCAUGAUCGAUCCCAGGUUCAUCCUAUGGAGCCCCGUGCGCCGCUCAGACGUGGCCUGGAACUUUGAGAAGUUCCUCAUUGGGCCAGAGGGAGAGCCCUUCCGGCGCUACAGCCGCACCUUCCCCACCAUCAACAUCGAACCCGACAUCAAGCGCCUCCUCAAGCUUGCCAUAUAG